AUGAAUUUUAUGUGGUCUUUCUCGGCACUUUAUUCCCUGAUUCUUCUGCUACAUGUGCCGCAAGAGUGUGAAGCAUCUUCCUUUGGUGCUCUGAGCUGCAUCGUAGGAAGUGACGGACUGGGCGGAGCUCACUUGUCUGCCGAUACAUUGGAAACCGGGAAUCUGGACACUCUGUUUUCCGUGCAACUGGAUGGAGUGGAAAUUACCACCGGCCAAGAUGUGAGCUUUAUCCCAGAAGGCGCCGAGUUUAGAAUGCCCUUGGUCGUCUUGACCAAUGACGUUGACACCACGCCCAUUCGAGGCUUUAACAUGCUAGUCUCCCUGCAAGACGAUUCCGCUACCGCCUCUCUACUAAUUCAGUCUGAUAGGCAACAAGAAAACACCGAGUGUGUAGGCGUUACGACUUCCGGGAUUACGCAUACCAGCAGUGACCCCAAGAGCGAAGUAUCGACUGAAAUUUUCGUCAUUGAUCGACUCUUUGGACAACCACAACGAACCGACAGCCUACAACUGAGUAUUGAUGUUACCAUUGUCGUACAAAAUUCAGCAGGCAUCUCCCGCUACUACUACUCCCAGUACUUUAUCCAACUCCGAUCACUCGUUACCCUGGUACCCACCGUGGCUACUACCAAUCAACCCACUACCAUGCCCAGCAGUGGUGUUGCAGCAGCAGCAGCAGCAGCAACCACUCUGCCAACUCCAUUGACCACAAUUUGGAGCACAGCCUUUGAAACUGCCAUUGCCACCACCAGUCAACCUUCCGGCACGUCGUUUCCAACUGCGACGGGAACCAGUACCUUGGCACCCACCGUGCAAGGAGGGACUACCGUGCCCACUGUCGGAGCCACCACGACCGUACUGCCCACCCCCAAUGGAUUCACUACUGUACCGACCACCUUUGGGAGUUGUCCCGCAUUUGGUGCAGAUGACGAGGAAAUUACCUGUCAAGACUGUUUGGAAGCGGGAUGUUCGUGGGCUUUGGGACAGUGUUUCAAUCAGUGUGAUGUCAUUGCAGAUGUCACCUGUUACAAUCAAGAGAUUUUGGAAGGACAAUCCCCUCCCGACAUUUGUGCACUUGUUGUGAUGGAUCAAGAAAAUGCGGCCAUUUGCUAUAAUGGCAAUUCGUGUGAGGAAUGUGUAAACACGCGACAAACGACGGGCGAUGCGUGUGAAUGGUAUCCCGGCGCGGAAUUUUGUGGAACAGGAGGGUGUAACUCGGCAGGAUGUGGUACCACCACGUGUGAUGAGACAACAGCACCGACGACGGUAGUCGCCGAAACCACGGUACCAACCACAGUGGGGGACCCGACUUGCCCCGCCUUUGCUUCGGGGGAAGAGCCCUCGUGCGAACAAUGUUUGGAGGCGGGAUGUUCGUGGACCCUCGGAUUGUGUUUCAAUGGAUGUGCCAUUCCCGAUGCUUCUUGUUACAAUCAAGAGAAUUUCGGAGGACAACCCGAUGCCAUUUGCACCCUUUAUGCGGUCGAGCAAGAAAAUGCCGUCCUUUGUUCUGGUAGCAGAACUUGCGACGACUGUGUCGCGUCGCAACAAACAUCGGGCGACUUUUGUGAAUGGUAUCCCGACGCGGCGUUUUGUGGCACUGGACGGUGUGGCGCUGGCGGGUGUGGGACCACCGAGUGUUCACCAACGGCAGUGCCUGAAACAUUUAUGCCGACUACCUUUACUACGAGUGCACCGACUGUUGCGGGAGCGACGAAUCAACCGACUGUGGCGGAUAGCAGUGGAGAGACCAAUCAACCCACCGUGGCUGGAAGCAAUGGUGGUGAGACCACCACUGAACCGACCAUAGCUGGAAGCAAUGGAGAGACCAACCAACCCACAGCACAGGAAAGUGACGAUCCCGUGGACCCUGUGGAAGACCAAGGUGCAGCACUAAACACCAUUAUGGAUCAACUGAUUCUAGGGGGGGCGGGCGAUGACGAAAAAGGAUUUGCAACUCUCGUUCGAGCUCUGCAAUUCGUGGGUCUCGAUGGCGUACUCUCCGAUACGACAACCAAUUACACACUCUUUGCGCCCAACAAUCGAGCCUUUGAACAAAUAGUGCCGCUGGACUAUGAUCACUUUUUCUUCACGCCAGACUAUUACUAUCAUCACAAAAAUAUUCUCGAACGAUAUAUUGUUCCCGACGCAAUCAUACUGGCAUCCGAUAACGUCGACAGUACUUUGGAGACGCUCGGUGGGGACCCAGUCGAAAUGGUCGACGACAUUUACUUUAGCGUCAGAUUGGAACCUCCAUUCGAUUUCGAAUGCAGCAAUGGUGUUUAUCAUGGAUUGUUUGGCUUCCACUGGACCUUUGCGGACUAUACGCCCAUUGAUGACUACCUGAAAAUUGCACCCGACACAAAUUUCAGCAUCUUCUCGGACCUAUUGGACCUUUACCAGAUAAAUUACGGAGACGUCUUGGGUAGCAAAGAGGGUGGUCCAUUCACGUUAUUCGCUCCGAAUAACGAUGCCGUGGUGAGGAGAUGGGGUAACGAAGACAUGCUGCAGUUGGUAGGGCCAGACUUGAAGACUUCGAUUGAAAAUUUUAUUGUCGUGGGGAGUUAUCCCAUCGAACGUCUCGAGACAUUGUCGGCAAUCAACAUGAUGAGCGGGAACAGUUUAGAAGUCAAGUCAUUUGAUGAAAUUGGCAAUUCGGGAACCAAAAUAAUCCAGGCAGACACGUUUGUCAACAACGGGUUGGUCCACGAAAUUGACCAGUGGCUGGAUAGCGUUGAAGACUUUGGGACCGCUGUUCCAACGGCCUCGCCAUCACCAACUGCCGAAGGGCCAGCAGGCGAUGACGGUUCUUGCGAUUACUGCCACGGUGGCCAGGUCGUCCCAGGCGGCGAAGUGGUAGCUGGAGUCACCUGCGAACUUUGGGCAGAAAGCGCUGCACUUUCUACUCCGGAGAGCAAUGAGUGUUUAUUGGAUCGACUGCUGGGCGUAGCCUUCUGUGGUUGCCCGAGCGAUGUGACCGCCACAUGCGACGUCUGCAGCGGGUCGGUAGCUUCCAGGACUGGGGUCAGCAAAAGCAUGUAUAACAAAAGGGGCAACUUUCAGCCCGAUCCUGACACGGUCGAGCUUGGCCAAGAAAUCGAGGUGGAAGGCUACAUAAUGGAUCGUUUCUGUAUUGAACUUGGGACGCUCCUGGACAACUCGGCGCUGCCAACGUUGGAGAAUGCCGAUAAACAUUCUGUUCAUUGUCUUGUUGACGUUGAACCCUGCCUAGCAUCGGCUUUCGAGGUUCUUCUGGAUCCUAGUCCAGAUGAUGCUAGCGGGAUGUUCAGGCGGGGCUACACUCUUGAUGACAACAGCAAAAAUCUGAUUGUCUCGAUUGCUAGGGACGUUGGAGUGUGCACAACUUGUGGUGGCACCGGAACGCUGGAGGAGGGAUUUCGCGCUAGAAUGAAGGGUAUUGUCGUCAGACCGGGUGAUGAAGCUUCCGGAUCAGGCCCCGUCAUCACCGUUGAUUCCGCAGAGGCCGUGCUCAAUCUUAACACUGGCAUUCCCGCGGACUUUGAGGACCUGCAUUUACUGGACAACCCAGCCCUCACCUGCAAUGACUUGAAGGAUUUUCCUGCGGUUGAUGGUGAUUCGACCUGUGGUUUACUAGCUGAGAACUACGCAUCUUACUGUGGGUGCGAAGCAACUCCAGAACCCGUACCCGCGACUCCAAGUCCAAGCUCCGACACUCAGACUUGUACCUAUUGCGAUCGAGGAGAGUUUUCUGGAGAUGCGUUGUUCCCAGACGGCACAUCAUGUUCAGUGUUGGACAACUCUGUCGUUUCCGCUGAGGAUUGCAUCUUUGCCCGAGGUCUUGCUGCGGGUUUCUGUGGAUGUUUGGCAGUGCAAGGGGUAUGCGACGUUUGCUCUGGGGUGCUCGCCGAACAGAGCGACGCAACGGCACUCUCAAGUGAUUUCAGCGCAAGAAUUAUUCCAGGUGAAGUCGCCCUUACGUGCAGCGACUUGUUCAGCAUUCCAGCGGUUGAUGGAGAAAGCACAUGCCAAGCGCUUUUUGGCACCUUUGCAGCGUACUGCGGAUGCGGCGGCACCGGAGGAACAGUGCAGGAUGUUUUGGAUGCAAGCCUGAAUAUGAUCAUAUUCCGACAAGGCCUCGUCUUGCUCAACUUUGACAAACUCUUGAGUAUGCCGGAUAAAGAAUUCACAGUGUUUGCUCCCCAGGAUGAAUACCUUCUGAACGAAGGUGUUCUCGAUCUAUACGGCGAGAACUUUGAGGCGUGGACGGGGCACUUUGCUGCCUUGCUAGAGUUUCACCUGGUGGAAGGCGCCACAAUCUCGAGCGAACUACUUUGGAGUGGAGCAGCUGGAGAUUCGGUGACCACUGUGUCUUCCGAAAGCUUGCCUAUCGAUGCAAAUUUGCAGCUGGUAGGGAACCGCUCCAUAGUUUCACCGGAUCGAUUGGCUGAUAAUGGUGUGAUUCACGAAAUUGACGGGCUCUUGUACGCCCCGUGGAUGUAUCUCAAUAUAUGGGAGCUUCUGCAAACCAGGACUGGAGAAGUUGACACGGAACGCCUUCUCCAAACAGCAGAAGGGUUCUCUACCCUAGUCUCCUUGAUCGAAAGCGCAGCGUUUGACAGUGACACGGCACUUAUUGGUUUCGUGGAGAAUGGAACAACGCUUGUCACCCCUCGUGAUGUUGCAUUUGAGGGAGACAUCUCUCCUUCCGUUGACGCGGUCGACCUCAUUCGCUAUCAUGUCGUUGAGGUAAAUAACUACCUGGAAGAGCUGGGUGGAGUCGUGUUUGAUGCCUUGCCGACAAGACACCCGACCGCCGACGUACUUCUAACUGUUGACGAAGAUGGAGUCAUACGAUACAACGAUGUUGAAGUUCAAAGGGAACAGUUUGCGUGGAAUGGGCUUGUUCAUGAAGUGGAUGAUAUCCUGCAACCGCCUGGCAUGGUUGAGAUCUUGGGUUUUGCCCAUGACUUUACUGAUAUUGGAGUCAGGAAGAUCCAACAACUCUUCUUGGCGACUGGGUGGGACCCCAAGAACAUUUCUAGCCAGGUCGAAGUGAUCGGUGCGAAUCGAUUCACACUUUUCGCUCCAGUCGACAGCGUGUUUGAUGAACAUUCCUACGCUGAAGACUUCUUUGUAAAACUAGUGACUGCCCCCCUCUGGUCGAGACACUUAGAGCAUUUGCUCCAGAGCUUUAUGGUAUCUACCCCAUUCGAAAAGGACGCCUUGUUGGAGGUAAAUGAAAUGAGCGUGGAGACUAUUGCAGGAGGAGAAUUCAUCUAUAUUUCGUCCUUAUCGGGCACUCUGGAAGUUGAGUUUGGACCUGUUCUGGGUCCGUCACCAAGCUGUACGGAUGGCGUCGUGUUUUUUGUCGGACCGGGCAUGGAUCUUCCUAUCGUGAUGCAAUAUGAUAUCACCAGCUAUCUGACAGUUUUCACCACAUCUACUUUUGGUAACCUUCUCAAGGACAACAUCGACUUGCGCGGAACCUCUGAAACCCCGAUCACAGCGAUGGUCCCCCCUGACUUUGAUGAUUCCCAAAUUCCAGAGACUGAUUUGGAAGACAUCCUCGCAAACCAUCUCUUUGAAGAUCUUCUUUUCCUCGACCAACUCUUGGAAAUGGACGGUGGCAUCAUACGAUCCAUCAACGGAAAGCAGUGGGUCGUCAGCGUCAUGGGCGGCACGAUUCUGCUGAGUGGUGAAAGCGGCGGGGAUCCUGCCGUGAUUGUAUUCCCCGAAAAUGAAUUGGAAAACGCCCCCGGCGAGAUUCUUGUCAGAAACGGGAUCGUCUAUUACCUGGACAGACUGCUAUUGGACCAGCCAUUGGAUGCAAACGUUACAGCUAGUCCUUCGAUGGACGCAAGCGCGACAGCAAGUCCUUCGAUGGAUGCAAAUCCUACAACAAGUCCUUCGAUGGAUGCAAACCCUACAGCAAGUCCCUCGAUGGAUGCAAACCCUACAACAAGUCCCUCGAUGGACGCAAACCCUACAACAAGUCCUUCAGUGGAUGCAAACCCCACAACACGCCCCUCAUCGACGUUCGGCACAACAGGUUCUCCGUCUCCACCUUCCUCCUCGAUCACUCAGACUGUGACAGCAACGACGGCGUUUGUAUUGUCUAACCAGGAAGGCCUCACUGCGACUGACUUAGCAUCCGAUCAUGAGGAUACUUUGAACUCUGGGUUCAGUGACCUGGCUGCACGCGUCGUGGACGAGGCAUCGAAUCCUGAGGGCUCUGUCGGAGGACCUGUCUACACUGUCUACAGGUACUCCGUCACUUUGGAACCAAACAGUGCAGAAGUUUAUGCUGUCACAGACACAUCUUGCCCCGCGAGUUCACCUCCUGAUUCAACUUGCCAAUUGGUCUAUGGACGAUUCGAUCUCAACGUUGAACAAGGCGAUCCUGAAGCCGUGGCAGCCAAGUAUGAAGCAGACUUUGAAAGAGCAGUGGAGAAUGGAGAGCUGGAGGAACUCUUCGCCCAGAACGACCCGAAUUUUCCGUUCAAUGUAGAAGGUGUAGCAGCCGAUGACAAUACCCCAUCUCAACGUCCCAGCGCCAUGGCAUCGCAGCUGCCGUCAAACGUGCCAACCUUACAACCAAAUCAACAGCAGCCUCCCAUUCAGUCGCCAAUCGGAGCCUCGAAAUGUUCUGCCUGUGACGGCGGCCUGGACCAGACUGGGUCGCUUCCAGAUGGACUUUCAUGUAGCGAUUGGUGGCAGGCAGUUUCGCAGCUCGACGUGGAGUCCGAAGAAUGCUUCAUUGAACGCUCCCUGGGAGUUGAAUACUGUGGUUGCAAUGCUCCAGAUAAUGCUGAGAGCUGUCACCCAUGUCCAGGCAACAAUCUUGACCCCAACAAGGAGCUCCCGGAUGCGAGGGGCUUGACCUGUGCAUCCCUAAGCUCGGGGGUCUUCGUGUCCACCGAUGCAACAACCUGUGGCAUUCUAACAAGCAAAUACGCUUCGUGGUGUGGCUGCCCCAAUGCCCCCGAGCCUGUGUGUACCUUCUGUCCAUCGGGAAACUUUGAAGAUAAGCCGUUCAUCAUCCCCAAUUACGAAAGUGUAUCCUUUGAAAACAGAGUGUUUUCGCACAUUGCAAACACGAGUUGUCAAGGCAUCUCUGACUUUUACUCGGUGCAAACAGUUGAUGCGUGUGGCAGCACUGGAAGUGUCUUGACAUUCGGCGACGCACCGUACGACCUGAAUGCUUGGUGUGCGUGUUCAAAUGCCACAGCCCAGAAGAUAUGUGGCGAUUUUUGCCCCGUUGGAAGCACCUUGCGAGAGUCAUUUGUAUUCGAUAACGCAGCUGGACUAACGUGUGGGGAAGUCUCAGAAAUUUUUGACUAUGUUAUCGAUAAGGAGGCAUGUGCAGAAGCAAACGAUGUCAAGGACGCGUGUUGUGUUGCGAGAGUCAAUGUAUCUUACGUUGUAUCCAAUACUCAAGGUCUGGCGGCAAACGACUUGGCAUCAGUCGAAUCCGGAGUGACACUGAACAGAGCACUUGCGGACUUUGCAACCACGCUUGUAGCAGACACAGAAGGCAAGCGACGAGCGCUCCGUACACCACCAAGAUAUCGUAGGCUCGCAGCAACUCUGCACGCAAACAGUACCGAAGUCGUUGCGGUCCAAACGGUGCAGUGUCCUUCAACAGCUCCAGAGGGUGCCAAUUGUCAAAAUGUAUACGGACGCUUCGAUUUGCGCCCUGAAGACGGAGAGUCAUACCAAAACGUAUCAGACAGGUACGACGUGGCCGUGGAGAAAGCAAUAGAAGAAGGAAAGAUGCAAGAAAGUCUUGACAAAGUGGACCCAGAUUCCCCUUUCAAAGUGGAAGGAGUGGCUGUCACGGAUGACUCGGGCGAGCAGAACAACGGCAAAAUGGCCUGGUGGCUAAUUCUGCUGAUUGUACUGGCCAGCGUGUCUGGCUGCUGCGGAAUCCUCUGCCUCGCUGCCUUUGCAGUGGCGCUUCAGCGGGAAAAGUCCGCUGUCACGGAGCAGGAAAAAGAUUCCCCGGUGGCAGAGGCUUCCGUUCGUCUCCUUGAGAGCGAAACAAAGGAGCCAAUGGAGAUGGCACCACCACCAGGUGAGGGGGGAGGAGACAGUGAUUGGGAAUCAGAAGACCUUGAAUUCGAAGGCAGCAAAGAAGAUAGUGGCGAAUGGGACCCAAAUCGGGAUCGGGUAGAAGUGGAAGAAGUGAACUACGAUACAGAGGAUGAGCUCGUUUCAAAGGCGCUGCAAGAGGCUGCCCCCGCGAUGGAAGAAGCCCCUACUGUUGCUGUGGAAGUGAACGAAGAUGGAUCAUCCGAGGGGUGGGGCGCCAAAGAUGAGCAAAACGAAGAAUGGGACCAGGACGAAGAUUCUGGUGGCGAAUGGGAGGAUGAUAGCGAGAACGAAGCAGACGAAGAAGGCAACAAGGAAGAAGAUCCGAUUGAUAAGAUGGAACGCGGAAUUGACGCACAAACACAAGGCGCAGAUCCUCCAGAUACGUCUGGAAUGGAUCCCCCAGAUAACGACGAGUUGGAUAGUGAUAGGAAUGACCAGAUUGAUUCUGAUCUCGAAGAAGAAGACCAGGGAGACGAGGAACCAGCGGACGAAGAUCUGGAAUCCGGAGUGCCCGUUGCUGCUGCCGCAAGCUUGGCCCGCGGCGUUGAGGGGCGAGAGGAUGACCAAGGCCCUGGACAAGAUCAUGCCAGUGAGGAAUCGGACGAUAGAGCUGUCGAAAUGGGUGCACCUCGUUCCGCAGUAGCAACCAGUGAAGGCGAAACACAAGAUGGUGAUCGGUCGGAUCAAGGAAAAGAAUCGGAAGAUGAAAAUCUCGAUGAAAAUGCCCCACCUGUUGUUGGUGACCAAGAGCCAAGUGAUGAAUCGGACGAUAGAGGUGUCGAAAUGGGUGCUCCCCGUUCUGCAGUAGCAACCAGUGAAUCACAAGAUGACGAUUGGCCGGAUCAAGGAAGACCAUCGGAAGAUGACAAUCUAGGUGCCACACCUGUUGUUGGUGGCCAAGGGCCAAGUGAUGAAGAAUGGGACCAGGGAGAUUCUGGUGGCGAAUCAGAGGAUGAUCGCGAGGAAGACCAGGAGCCCGAAGAAGUCCCAACGGAGGACGAUGGGGAUGGCAUUGCAGGAGCAGGAGCAGCUGUCGCUGCCAAUGAAGCAGGACAAGACAACGAGGCCAUGGCUGAGAAUGCUGACAUGGACGAGGUAAACGACCAGGAGCAGGAAGCGGGAGAUGAUAAUAUCGAGACCUCUCGGGCAGCGCCGCAAGAAGAAGAAGAGAAUCUAGAGGACGACGAUAUCCAAAAUGAAGAAUGGGAGGAGGAGGAUGAAGAAGAAGUGGAAGAGAUUCCACCAGCUGAGAAAUCUUCAAAUCGAGGUGUAUUGCCUGGAGAAGGCAAUAUCAAGCCAAUAGAGGGAACCCAAGAUACCGUGGCUGAUGAACCGGCCAAUGCGACAAAUCAAGAUGCACGGGAAGACGAGGAGCAUCCAGAUGACGAGUGGGAGGAUGAUUCAGACGACGGUGAUGGAGCAGCUCCGAUCAUUGCAGGAGCAGCAGCAGUAGCAGUUGGUGCCAGUGGCAGGCAAGGAGCGGACGACGACAAUGAAGCUGACGAGGUGGAAUCUCAGACUACAGGCGCCAGCACUAUCAGCGGAUUCAAGCCCGUGGAAGAUCAGUUUAUGGGGGAUGAAAUUUUGGAAGACAUUGAACCCUUUUCGGACAUGGAUCUCAGUUGGACCCAUAAUGCGGAAGGCGACGAGGAAGACGAUCUGGAUCAAGCGCCAGUCACGGAAGCAGAUGUAUCCAGAACGUCUGCCAUUGGACGACUUGCUGCCAUGGCUGAUGCCAUGGAAAAAGAGUUUGAGUUUGAUGAUGAAGAGGGCGGUGCCAAUGUCGUUGACGAUGAAUUCGAUGACGAUGACGACAACAUGGAACAUAGUUUAUCUGAGUUGCACGCUGAGCUUUCGGAAGUGGAUAGCCUGGCGACGGACCCAGAAGAAUUGGAACGCCGUCUACAAGGAGAACCGUCGUCCAUCCUGGAUAUGGAUGCUGGCCCCGGUGGAAUUGGAAGUAUAGCUGUAUCUGAAUCUGACGACGACGAUGAAGUUUGGGAAGAGGGCGAUGAUGAGGCCGACGACAAUAACGCUCCUCCAACUGGCAACACAACAACAACAAACUAG